AUGGAUUCGGAAGAUGGACCAGGCAACGCGCCAGGCGUGCCUAAAAGCGAUCGUGGUCUCAGAAUUGCAAUCAUUGCCGUGACCCUGAGCAGCAAGAUUGCGCAUAUCGCCACCAACAUCUUGACCCUUCCAUACAACCGUUUUUAUCAACAGAACACCUUGCUACCGAUAUUAGCCAUUGCCAAGGCCGUCGAGGAUCGUGAAUCUGCCGAGGAGAUAUCGGCCCAACUCAAGCGAUGGCGAGAUAGAAAGUUGAGCGAGUUUCAACUUGUCCAGGUUGCUGUACGUCUCAAACACGUUCGUUUUGCGCGAUCCUAUACUCAUCCUCUGCAGAGCACCUUAAUCUCAGCCGCCGUCAUCGGCUGCUUUUCUUGGCCAUCCCCCGACUCACUGCACUGGCUCAGCCCAGCCUUUUGGAACGCGAGCAUUUCCUUCUCGCUCUUCUCCAUUCUGCUCGCCGCCUCGGAGCAAUUCAUCUUUCAGACGCUGCACCGAUCUCCAACGCCGCGCAACGUCGACAAGGAUCUCGCCAUGAUCCUGUACAUCCGCCGCAGCAGAGCCGUCGAGCCCAUGCACUCGCCUCUCGAAGAGGUGCCGCCCAUCCCGCAGAUCCGUGCCAUCAAGAUCAAGAAGAAGGGAGGAUGGAUCCCAAAAGAGAUGCCAUUUGUGGAAGUCCGCUGGAAUAUGAUCUUCACGUGGCAGGCGCCAAUGAUGUUGAUGGCGUACUCGGCAAUUUGCUUCCUCGGCGGGUUGACAGUUUACGCCGCCGUCUUCUACCUCAUCAGCUUCUUUUUGUGCGGCAUCACCUUCAUCUGGCUUUGUAAGAGGAAAAUCAUGUCCUGCUCUAUAGAAGAUAUUGUCAAACAUUAUGAAUUUGAUCCCACAAUCAUUCAACGUAUCGCAACGCGAACAUUCAAACCACCGCUUUCAAUCGAGCCCCCAAACCCCGAGUGGCCGCAGCACUUCCAGAGCAUCAAGGCCCUCAUAGAGCUUGCGCUCGGCCCUGUAGCCCUCAGCAUAACCCAUGUCGGCUCGACAUCUGUGCCCAAUCUCCCGGCCAAGGCCGUCAUCGACAUUGAUGUCGCCGUUGAGAAUCCGACGGAUGAGCUCGCCUAUGCGCCCGCACUUGAGAAGGCAGGAUUCCAAUUUCUCAUACGGGAGCCGGAGUGGCACGAACAUCGCUUCUUCGCCAUGCACACGCCGUAUUGUUGCAACUUGCAUGUCUUUAAGGCUGGGACCGCAGAGUUGGCGAGGCAUCUCAUCAUGAAGGAGUGGUUGAUUGGAAAUGAAGAUGACCGGGAAUUGUAUGCGAAGACGAAGAUGGAGGCUGCAGGCGUCAGCAACUCGUUGGGUGAGACCGUGAUGGAAUACAACUUUAGGAAAGAGAACGUGAUCCGCGAUAUUCUUGAACGGGCAUUCAGGGCUAGAGGAUAUCUCUCGUAG